UGUUUCUCUCUUUCACAUUACUCCAAAAACCCUAAUAAAAAAUCGUCUCUCAAUUCAGUUUCCAUUUCUUUGAAUAAAUGAAUAAUAAAUCACUCCUUCUUUCUUGAGUGAUACAAUUCUAUCCCCAUUUUAUUUAUUUUUCCCCACAUUUCUCUCUGUACAAUUUAUUUUUUUUUGAUUAAUUAUCAGCAUAGAAUUUUUCAUUUUCAUUUUUUUCUGUUUCAAAUACAUUUCAAAAAUAAAAUAAAUAUCUACUCUCAUUUAAUUGCUUCAUGGUUGCGGUAGCUGAGAUUGUGGUCGAUUCCGGUGUUGCAAAUAGUGAUCAUCAUAAUUCCGAUUCGAAAUCGGAAUCGGAAUCGGAAUUUAAUGUGCAGAGACUUGUGGAGAUGUUUACGAAAUUGAAUCCCUUAGCUAAGGAAUUUUUCCCUUCUUCUUUUAAUAAAACCCAAAACCUUUUCAAUCUCAACAAUUUUGCUGUUCAUAAUCAUAAUAAGCAAUCCUUUCCUAAUAAUGACAACAUCAGUCGAAGGAGAAGAAAUAAUUAUAACCAGGGGAAGAGGAGGUUGAAUGGGAGAGGUUAUAGAGAACAAGAUGAUAGUAUUAGACGAACUGUAUAUGUUUCUGAUAUCGACCAGCAAGUAACUGAAGAGAGGCUUGCUGGGUUAUUUAGUAAUUGUGGACAAGUUGUGGAUUGCCGAGUCUGUGGAGAUCCACAUUCGGUUCUUCGUUUUGCUUUUGUGAAAUUUGCUGAUGAGCACGGUGCAAGAGUUGCUUUAACCCUUGGUGGGACAAUGCUGGGUUACUAUCCAGUUCGAGUCUUACCUUCAAAAACUGCCAUUCUUCCAGUGAAUCCUACAUUUCUCCCUAGGUCAGAGGAUGAACGGGAGAUGUGUUCUAGGACAGUAUACUGUACAAAUAUUGAUAAGAAGGUUUCUCCAGCUGAAGUAAAAACUUUCUUUGAGUCAACAUGUGGUGAGGUUACUCGCUUGAGGCUUCUGGGGGAUCAUGUCCAUUCAACUCGCAUAGCUUUUGUCGAAUUUUCUAUGUGGGAGCGAGCGUUGUGUGAUGAUAGAACAAAUAAUCUUCCUUGAAGAUUGACUGCGGCGAGAUGAAAAUGUUAAUAUUGAUAUGUAGACAAAUAAGGUUAGAUAGAAUUCAUAACUAGUGAAUGAGGGAGAAGGUGAUAAUAGCUUCUAUUGAGGAUAUCUUGAAGGAAGGCAGGUUAAGAUGGUUUAGGCAUGUGAGUAGAUGAGAUCUAUAGAUACUCCAGUUAGAAAAAUUGAUUAGAGUAGUAGGAAAAAAGGAAGUGGUGGGCGAAAGUUUGGAGGAGAUUAAUUUAAGAUGUUUUGAAGAUAUUUUAAACCAGUCAGAAAAUUUGACCCAGAAUUGUGCUGUUUGAAAUAGAAUAAAUCCGUAUAACCGACUUUCACCAACUUGGGAUGUUGAGUUGAGUUUAGGACCAUUCUAUUUGUAAAAAUAUAAAUCAACUUUAUUUAUAAUAAUUUUUUUUCAGUCA